CCCCUCCUUGCCGUGCUAUCUGCAACUAAACAGCCAAGUUCCUGCUCGUUGUUAGCCUCCAAGAUGAGUCGCAGAGACGCCACCGCCCAAUUAACCACCAAACUGCGCAAUAAGCUCGAAGAACUCGAGUAUGACGAUUCGACCAUAGAGCAUUACUUGCUGCUUCUGGAAGAACGUGACAACGAUCAAGCUUCCGCGUUGAAGAAGAAAGAUGAAGAGCUCAACGAACUGGAAGCUGCUCUGCAGCGCGCGCAACAAGAUAAGGAGCGCGCGGAGCGCGAUCAGAAGAAGGUGGACCAGCGCCUGGAGGCUACGCAGCCUGAGCUUCAAGAUGAGCUGACAAAGUUGCGGCAGGAGCUCCUCUCCGCUCGAGACCAGAAGCAACAGCUUGAAGAACAAUUGGAGAACAAGAGCGCCGAGAUCCCCGCGGAGUGCGGCCAUUGUGUUGAGCUAGAAGACAAGCUACAAGCUCUGCAGAAGGAGAAGCGCGACCUCGAAGAUUCGCAUGCGGGAAUGCUGAACAAGUUGGAGAAGAAGGGUAGCGAGGCCGAUGAAGAGCACCACGCCCGCAUUGAAGCCGAAGAGCGGCUUGCCAUACUGAGAGGGGAGAAACGGGCUCUCGAGGACGUGUCCGCCCGCACUAAGGCUGGCCUCGAGGCCAAGACCACCGAGCUCAACACGGAGCGUGAGGCACGUCUGAAGACGCAAGACGACUACGAGACGCUCUUGCGCGAGAAGCGCGAGACCGAAACGAAGCACGCGCUCAUCGUCGAGGAGUUGCGGACCAAGGAUGCCGAGUUAGAGCAAGAGCAUAAACGGCGCGCCCAGAUGGAGGAGAGACUGCAGUUGAUGGAGGCGCAGAAACAAGAAUUCAGAGAUUCCCAGUCCGAGCUUGGCACAAAGCUCGAGGCUGCCGCCGCAGACGUACGCCAGGAACGCACAACUCGGAUUGCCGCCGAGGAACAGCUCCACAGCCUCGAAGUCCAGCACGAGGAACUGACAGCUGCACAUGUACGAUUACAAACACGCUUUGACGCUAUGGUCACGGAUUGCCAGAGACAUUCUGCACGCAUCGCCGACCUUUCAAAGACCAUUGACCUUCUGCAGAACGAUCAGGUCGAGCAGUCCUCUCAGCUGCACCAGCUAGAGUACGAACUGAAAACGUCGGCCGAGGCAAAGGACAACGCAGAACGCGAACGAGAGGAGGUCUUCGAGCUAUUAAGAGGAAUCGAACAGCGUCUGGCAAGUGAGACUGCCUCUGUUUAUCGCGGUGCCGCGGAGCUUGAGCGGCAGGCGAAGGAGAUACAGAGGAAGGAGGCCGAAUUGCGGUCGGAGAGGGAUUUGCGGGAGAGUCUCCGCGAACGCAUACGUGAAGAGGAAGAUCGUUCCAGACAUUUCGAAAGGCAGUUCAAGGAGGCUAACGCGGCGUUGGCGGCUGCAAGAAAGGAGACCGCAGCGAUGAAGUCUGGAAUGAAAGAGAGGCAUCAUGGGGGACAAUGUUCCCAUACAAACGUUGACGAUGACGUGGUGGAGAUGACGUUUCAGUGGGGUCACAGCUUUGGACGCCACACUGGAUUCUGAAUUGAGGGCAUCCGAGGCGGUUCUGCAUUUAUUGUUUGGGGAGUUAGCAGGCUAGUACGACCGCAGCUGACGUGUACAUACGGUGAAGCGAGGUCGCGUCGGGAACGAUAACAACUCGAUGUUCGACCAAGCGCCCUUAAACGCUAUGUUAGCAUGUCUGGCAUAAAAUAGUGAGGU